AUGGGGUUUGCGGGUGGUAGUGGUAGCAAACCCAAUACUUUCCCCACUCAGAUCACUUGUUACAAAUGUGGUAAGCCAAGGCACAUCUCCUCAAAUUGUGCUGAUAAAGGCAUGACCUGUUUUAAUUAUAGACAAAGGGGGCAUAUUCAAAGAGAUUGUCCAUAUCCCAAGAAGGAGCAAAAUGGUAGGGGCCUGAAUGAUCAAACUGGACAUUCGAAGGCCGUAAGAAGAGUCUUUACCUUUAACGGUGCCGAAGCUUCAAAAUCCAAAGAUCUAAUCCAAGGGAAACUUAAGCUUUCUGUGUCUUCUUUAAAUAAAGAUCUGGUAGUAGAGACUCCAACUAGUGGUUCUGUGUUAACUUCUAAUGUGUGUUUGAAUUGUCCUGUGGAAAUUUCUGGUAGAACAUUUUUGAUUGAUCUGAUUUGUUUGCCUUUAAGCCAAAUUGAUGUUAUUCUGGGUAUGGACUAG